GGUGCGAAUCUUUUCAUCUUUCACAUCCCCAAUCAUUUCUCCAACGCUGAUAUGUAUCAGUUAUUCGCCCCGUUUGGAAAUUUGCUCAGUGUCCGGAUCAUGGUGGAAAAGGAUACGGGUCGAAGCCGGGGUUUUGGAUUUGUGUCCUACGAUUCGCCUGCGUCGGCCGCUUUGGCCAUUAAAGAAUUAAAUGGGUUUGCU